UUGCAACCCUCCUAUACCAACUAUAUUGUGCAUUCUCAUUUGUAUACUAUUUAGUUGUAUAAUAUAUAUAUUUGUGUGUGAGAACUACGUCUAAAUAUUUUAUUAUUAUAUAUUAUAUUAUAUUAUGUAUGUAUGUUAUAUUUAAUAUAACUUCACCUUGUUACUGGUCCAAUAGCACUGACUGCGCCUUCAUAUUCGCAUUGGAUUUGUAAACAGGAAGUGAUAGUCAAGUAAAUCAAGUUAGCCAGCUAGUUGCAGUAAGGUAGGCUUGCCUCCUAUUUAAGGUAUUUUUGCCAAAAUGGGAUUGUUCGGCAGAACGCCAGAGAAACCACCGAAAGAUCUGGUAACUGAGUGGACACAAAAAAUCCGUAAGGAAUCGAGAACCAUCGACAGACAAAUACGAGAUAUUCAACGGGAACAAGAAAAAGUGAAGAGAUCCAUCAAAGAUGCAGCCAAAAAGGGCCAGAAAGAUGUUUGCGUCAUUCUCGCGAAGGAGAUGAUUCAGUCAAAACGAGCUGUAACAAAACUCUACUCCUCCAAAGCCCACCUGAACUCAGUGAUGCUCAGCAUGAAGAAUCAACUUUCCUUACUGCGUGUAGCUGGGUCCCUGCAGAAGAGCACAGAGGUCAUGAGAGCCAUGCAGAAUCUCAUCAAAGUCCCUGAGAUACAGGCCACCAUGAGAGAAUUAUCAAAGGAGAUGAUGAAGGCUGGCAUCAUUGAGGAAAUGUUGGAGGACACUUUUGAGAGCAUGGAAGAUGGAGAGGACAUGGAAGAAGCAGCAGCGGAGGAAGUUGACAGGAUCCUCUUUGAGAUUACAGCAGGUGCACUCGGCAAAGCGCCCGGCAAAGUCACAGACGCCCUGCCUGAGAUGCCAUCCGGAGCCACCGCAGCCUCGGAGGAUGAAUCCGAGGAGGACAUUGAGGAGAUGCAGUCCAGACUAGCUGCUCUUAGGAGCUGAGGUGACUGGGCUCUGUAUUGUUGGUUUGCUCGCUCUAUUGAAGAGCCCAGACAUCACAGGUUCAGUUUUUGCAGUACUGAGCAUCCUUUCGACAACGUCCAAUCAUUGGUUUCUCACAUAAUCUUUAGGUGAUCACUUUGUGCUUCAGUCAUUUAUGUAUUUUUGUUCGGUCAAAGGACUUUUGCUCUUUUAUUACAAGCGGUUAUUCUCUGUAUUAUCCAAAGUUAAACAGAAAGUUUGAGAAAGUGUAUAUACUGUAAGUAUGAACAGCCUACUGUGCCUAUAGUGCUAUUUCUUAUGUCCUUUGAUUGGUAAGAUUGGGUAUGUGUUUCAUCAUUUAGUGACUUAGUUAAAAUGUUCAAAUCUAAUUCGAAGCACUAACUAGUCCCUCUUGACUAAACCACAAAAAUGAAGGGUGCAUUUCUUUUUUCUUUACAGUCAGUAUCUUCUCUAUGAAAUGCAUUCGCCACAAAAAUGCACGCAUACUCGCCCGAGUGCAUUUGUUGUGCAUUAACACUCAGUGUGUCCAAAGUUUGCAGGAUAUCUAUAUUGUGGAAGUGCAAUGUGUGUGUAUAUUUUUUAUAUGUGCAUGGGCUAAAAAGUAGGGAAAUAAACCUCUAUAGA